AAGCUUUGCACAGAGAGAGAGAGAGAGAGAGAGAGAGAGAGAGUGAAACCCUAAUUGAGCAAAGAUGCCGGCCGGUCAUGGUUUGAGGGCUCGUACCAGAGAUUCCUUCUCUCGUCCAUUCAGGAAGAAGGGUACCAUUGCCCUCACCACUUACCUCAGGACCUUCCACAUCGGCGACUACGUCGACAUCAAGGUCAAUGGCGCCGUUCACAAAGGUAUGCCUCACAAGUUCUACCAUGGCCGCACCGGUCGCGUAUGGAACGUCACCAAGCGCGCCAUUGGCGUCGAGGUCAACAAGCAGGUGGGUAACAGAAUAAUUAGAAAGAGGAUUCAUGUUCGUGUGGAGCAUGUGCAGCCAUCAAGGUGCACUGAAGAGUUCCGUUUGAGGAAGGUGAAGAACGACCAACUCAAGGCUGAGGCUAAGGCUAAGGGAGAAGUCAUUAGCACCAAAAGACAGCCUGAAGGUCCUAAACCAGGUUUCAUGGUUGAGGGUGCCACUUUGGAGACCGUUACUCCCAUUCCUUAUGAUGUCGUCAAUGACCUUAAAGGGGGUUACUAGUCUGUUCUUUAUGUUUGUUGGAUUGCCUAUUUUUUUCUCUUUUUUGGGUUUUAGUUAUUUUUCAUUGGAAGAGCCUUAUAAUUUACGAACAUUCAGACUCAAGUUUUGUCUUGUUUGAUUCUAAAUACAUGGAUAUGUUCUAUUUUGCUCCUCUUUAAUAUUAUGCUUUAAUAUUUCUUUAUC